GUCCAUGCUCAUGGUAGUUAUGUAUUGACAACUUCAGAUAUACAGUGUAUAUAUAAAAAAUUAAAUUGUAGUUAAAUAGAAGCAUACGUUUUUCAAAUUGUGAAAUCACUCUUAUUUGAAAAUGAAUCUAUUAAUGUACCAUCUAAAACAUGUUCCUAAAAUUCUGGGCAGUUUCCGAAGAAGUUAUGCAAUAGAAAAGUUUUCCAUUGAGUGGACCCGGCCAGAGAAAAUAUCUUGCAUUUUACCAGAAAAAAGUGGUGAUUUAGGUUUGGAUUAUAAAAUUCAUCCGGAAGAACCUUGCAAGUUGUAUGAAAAUGUUCCUGAACUGCAAAACGCUAAUGAACUUGUGAAGAAAUUUUUUUCUCUCGAAUUUAAUCCAAGUAAACAAACAGCUAAACUUAUGAAAGAGAGAGCUAUCUCACUGGUGAAGCGGCAUGAAAGCGACAGAGGAUCUCACGAAUGUCACAUUGCAGAGAUGACUACUGAAAUUCACCGUAUGCAAGAUCACAUGCAAAGGCAUCCCAGAAAUAUAAAGUGCAAGGUACUGUUGAAAGAAAAAAUUGAUAAGAGGAAAAAGUAUCUAAAGAGAUUACGCACAUGGGAUUACAAGCGCUUUGAGUGGAUCUUAGAAAAGUUAAAUCUAAUAUAUAAGCCUCCGCCUGAGAAGUUUUAUUUCGUGAGUAGGAAAGACUCUGUGAGAAAAUUAGCAGCAAUGCACUGUAACAAGGUCAAGCAAGAAAAAUUGGAUGCUUACAAAACUGAACUGAAGGCGCAACAGAAAGAUUUCUUUAAGCAAAAAGCCAACAAAAUUGCAUUCAUCAGAGAAGAAGAAAUAGCCUGUGGAUUAGAGCCAAGUAUUAGUCUAGAGGAUAUCGAAAAUGCUAAUAGGUUAACGAAACAGUACGGAGAAUUUUAAUGAGUUUUCUUUUUAAAUGAACGGAAUAAACUAUGCUUUCUGCAAACUUUCGGAAGAAUUUACUUCAUUGGUGUAAACCCUCGUUUGAUAUGUGUAACCUAAUUAGGUUGUGAUAAAAAAGUGAAGUUUCAAAUUUCAUAUAUUACUAGAAUUCCAAUGGUUUUUGUAUUCACUAAUUUAUAAAAGUGAGGACCAAUGAGGUUAUUUUUUGUGCCACAGGUGUUGUGUAUGCCUAAAACCCAGUUUCUUUAGUAAUUUUUUACGUAGAACCCAUUAGGUUAGCUCGUUUUAGUGUAAGGUUGAUAUUUAUUAUUUUGUUUGUAAUUAAUUUUUUAUUAAAAUGCUCGUAUGAAAG